CGCGGCGGCCCUGAGAUGGCGGCGGUGGCGGCGGGCGCGGCGGCCCCUCAGCAGCAGCCGCCGCCUCAGCAGCAGCCGCAGCCAGCGGCAGGAGGCGCGGCGGGCUCCGGGGAGGCGGGCGGCGGCGGAGGUGGCGGUGGGGGGGCCGCCGGAGGAGGAGGAGGCGGAGGUAGUGGCGGCGGCGGCGCCGGCGGUGCUGGGCCCGCACCGGGUUCGGGGUCGGGCGGCGGCGGCGCGGCCGGCGGCGAGUCGUGGUACCUGGCGCUGCUGGGCCUGGCCGAACACUUCCGCACGUCCAGCCCCCCCAAGGUGCGGCUGUGCGUGCACUGCCUGCAGGCCGUGCUGCCCCGCAAGCCCCCCGCCCGCAUGGAGGCCCGCACCCACCUCCAGCUCGGCUCUGUCCUCUACCACCACACCCGCAACGGCGACCAGGCCCGCGGGCACCUGGAGAAGGCGUGGUUGAUAUCGCAGCAGAUCCCGCAGUUUGAAGAUGUUAAGUUUGAGGCAGCCAGCCUUCUGUCCGAGCUCUACUGUCAGGAGAAUUCAGUGGAUACAGCAAAACCUCUGUUGAGGAAAGCCAUCCAGAUCUCCCAGCAGACCCCAUACUGGCACUGCAGAUUGCUUUUUCAGCUUGCACAACUACACACACUUGAAAAAGACUUAGUAUCUGCGUGUGACCUCCUCGGCGUGGGAGCAGAGUACGCCCGGGUGGUGGGCUCCGAGUACACCAGAGCACUGUUCCUGCUAAGCAAGGGCAUGCUCCUUCUAAUGGAACGGAAGCUGCAGGAGGUGCACCCUCUCCUUACCCUUUGUGGACAGAUAGUUGAAAACUGGCAAGGAAACCCCAUACAGAAAGAGUCAUUACGGGUCUUCUUCCUAGUGCUACAGGUCACACAUUACCUGGACGCUGGGCAGGUGAAGAGUGUGAAGCCGUGCCUGAAGCAGCUGCAGCAGUGCAUCCAGACCAUCUCCACACUGCACGACGAUGAGAUCCUACCCAGCAACCCUGCUGACCUCUUUCACUGGCUGCCCAAAGAGCACAUGUGUGUGCUGGUCUACUUGGUGACAGUGAUGCAUUCCAUGCAAGCAGGGUACCUGGAGAAGGCUCAGAAGUACACGGACAAAGCACUCAUGCAGCUAGAGAAGCUAAAAAUGUUGGACUGCAGUCCUAUCUUGUCAUCAUUCCAAGUGAUCUUGUUGGAACACAUCAUCAUGUGUCGGCUUGUCACGGGACACAAAGCCACAGCACUGCAGGAGAUUUCCCAAGUGUGCCAGCUCUGCCAGCAGUCGCCCAGGCUGUUCUCCAACCACGCUGCCCAGCUGCACACCCUCUUGGGGCUCUACUGCAUCUCUGUGAACUGCAUGGACAACGCAGAAGCACAGUUUACUACAGCACUGAGGCUCACUACACAUCAAGAACUGUGGGCAUUUAUUGUGACCAACUUAGCCAGUGUGUACAUCAGGGAAGGCAACCGGCACCAAGAGCUUUACAGCUUAUUGGAAAGGAUAAAUCCAGACCAUAAUUUUCCUGUGAGCUCUCACUGUCUUCGAGCAGCAGCUUUCUACAUCCGAGGUCUCUUCUCCUUCUUCCAAGGAAGAUACAAUGAGGCAAAGCGAUUCUUGCGAGAGACAUUGAAAAUGUCAAAUGCAGAAGACCUGAACCGACUGACAGCGUGUUCCCUCGUGCUCCUGGGCCACAUAUUCUAUGUGUUGGGGAAUCACAGGGAAAGCAACAACAUGGUGGUGCCAGCCAUGCAGCUUGCCAGCAAGAUCCCAGACAUGUCUGUGCAGCUCUGGUCCUCAGCUCUGCUGAGAGACCUGAACAAGGCCUGUGGGAAUGCCAUGGAUGCCCAUGAGGCAGCACAGAUGCACCAGAACUUCUCCCAGCAGCUCCUGCAGGACCACAUUGAGGCAUGCAGCCUUCCUGAGCACAACCUCAUCACGUGGACAGAUGGACCACCUCCUGUACAGUUCCAGGCCCAGAACGGACCCACCACCAGCCUGGCCAGUCUCCUGUGAAACACAGUAACUGACACCAGGACAAUGUGUUUAAAAAGCAAAGGAAAAGCCACCAAGAAAUGCCAAAAAAAAAAAAAAAAGAGCAAAAAUUGAUGCAAAAUCUUUUCUUCAAAGAAAAGGCAGCAAAUUCCUCUUCUAGUGAGGGCCUUGUAGGAACCAGAUUGCAUAAAGACAACAAAGUACAUUUCAUAGACUUGCAAAGUGAGAAGGGCAUUUUAAGCUGCUUUUACAUAAUGUGUGUGAAUAUACAGCUAGUGUGUAUAUACCUACUGGUUUUAAUCUGCUUUCCUCUUACUGAGAAAUAAGAUUUAGUCCCAAGGA